AUGCAUCCUGAGUUGCAAAGAGGAAAUAAGACAUUGGAUCUUAAAUCUGUCGGUCUAAGUGCAUUUGGUUUAAUGAAGCAAAAAGAGGAGGAAAAUAGUGAUCAGUCAAACUCGGAAGAUCAAUCCAUUCCUACAGAGACUGAAGACGUUGUAAUUUCAACUUCUGAGCCACAAAUUGAAGAAGUUCAUGUUUCUCCUAUAGUUGUAGUAGCUGGGGAUCAGCUACAUCGUGUGGAAGAUGAAACUCAAUCUGUUCAUCAAGAAGAUGAUGAAGAUCUUAAUGAUGAUGUGGAGUUUUUGAAAGAGAUAGACUUCACCGGGAUCAAUGAUGAUAUCCCUACAAACAUCGAACUUGAUCUUGACAAUGACGAGUUUGGUCCAUUUUCGGGGCUUGACAGCGAAUGUUUUAGAAAGGUCAAUGAAGUUGCUUCUUCAGCAACCAAGGCUGGGGAAGACAGUAAUGUUCUCAAGAUUUUGCUCUCCUCUUCCAAGCCUUUGGAGAUUUCUUCAACUCAAGGACAUGUGAAUUCAGAAAUUCCUCCCUCUGUUUCAAUUGUCUCAACUUCUGCUCCACUUGUUCCUGAAUCAUCUCAACCUCAAACCUCCCACUCUUCAUUGGAAAGAAGCAAAUCAAAUACAAAUCUGGAGGUGCUAAUUGUCAGCCAUGCACCUCAGGACUUUUCCAGCAUUACCACUACUACUGUUUUCAUUCCACCAAUACAAUAA